CCGUCGUCGAAUCGAUCCGAGGAGAAAGCGCUUUGAUUUGAUCUCCUCCCGGCGACCGCGCGCGCGGCCGAACCGAUGGCGGCUUCCCCGGCGAUGGUCACGCUCAUCAGCUCCGACCACGAGCGCUUCGAGGUGCCGGAGGCCGCGGCCACCAUGUCGCAGACCAUCCGCCACAUGAUCGAGGACGGCUGCACCGACGGCGGCAUCCCGCUCCCCAACGUCACCGCCAGGACCCUCGCCAAGGUGCUCGAAUUCUGCAACGAGCACGCCGCCGCCGCCGCCGCCGCCGCCGGCGCGGGCUCGGAGGCCGGGAGCUCCUCGAACGCGGGCACGGACGGUGGCGCCGAUCUGGCAGGCUUCGACAAGGCGUUCGUCGACGUCGACAAGGACACGCUGUACGACCUCCUGCUGGCCGCCAACUACCUCAACGUCAAGCCGCUGCUGGACCUCUGCUGCCAGAAGGUCGCCGACAUGAUCAGGGGCAAGACGGCGGAGCAGAUCAGGCAGGAGUUCGGGAUCAAGAACGACUUCUCGCCCGAGGAGGAGGAGGAGAUCCGCAAGGAGAACCAGUGGGCCUUCGAGUAGUAGAGGCCGCCGCCAUGGAUCGAUCAACAACUCAGAGUCUCAGAUCUGUCGGGUGCUCACCUUUGCCAUGCUGGGGCCGGGGUUUAGUGGAUCGCUUAAUUAGUUUCUUCUCAAGAAGACGCCCAUCAAAAUUCGUUAGAUCAUUGGGCUUCUAUACUUUGAUAUCAUUACUAGCUAAAUUUGUUUAGUGCCGGAUUGAUGACUCAAGUAUUACUUUUACCUGGGUCUUUUCUGUCGCAUCUCAAUCCAUCAUGUGCUCGU